GCUAGCUGGGUAGCUAAAACAGCCUAGUCGCUCAGGCUAACUAACUUGCCAACCUCUCUGAGCAUGAGUUUACUAAAAUACUCUCCAUCUGCUAAAGAAGAGGGGGUCUGCUGGACGGAGAAAGAAGCUCUGGGGCUGGACAUUGUCGUAAAAGAGGAGGAGGAAGAGGAUGUUCCAGUGAAAAAAGAAAAUAAAGAAAUUCCUGUGAAAGAAGAGGAAGGAGAGUUCAGAGUGAAAGAGGAGGAGGAUGUUACUGCGAACGAGGAGGAGAAAGAGAAGGAACAGGAUACCGUUUUUGGAGUGAAGGAGGAGGGGGAGAUAACUGUCACAUUGAAAGAGGAGGAUGAGACGGGAGAUCUGAUUAACACCGAGAGACCAGACUCUCACUCUGACAGCGGGGAGAGUCCUUCAGGGGAACCAGAUGCAGAGACGUCCAAACCAGCGAGACGACACCACUGUUCCCAGUGUGGAAAGAGUUUUACUCAGUUAAGGGGCCUGAAAAUGCAUAGGAGAAUACACACAGGAGAUACACCUUACCACUGUAUCCACUGUGGAAAGAGUUUUAGGUGGUUAGGAAGCCUAAAGGACCAUAAGAGAAUACACACGGGAGAGAAGCCUCACCACUGCUCCGAGUGUGGAAAGCGUUUUACCCGAUUACUACACCUUACAUCACAUCAAAGGACACACACAGGAGAAAAGCCUUUCCCAUGUUCCCAGUGUGGAAAGGGUUUUACCCAGUUAGGGAGCCUGAAGGAGCAUGAGAGAAUACACACAGGAGAAAGCCCUUUUCCAUGCUCCCAGUGUGGAAAGAGUUUUACCCGUUUAAGGAGCUUGAAGGGGCAUGAGAGGACACACACAGGAGAAAGGCCUUUCCAAUGUUCCCAGUGUGGAAAGGGUUUUAACCGGAUAGGGAGUCUGAAGGAGCAUGAGAGGACACACACAGGAGAAAAGCCUUUCCAAUGUUCUCAGUGUGGAAAUAGAUUUACCCGGUUAGGGAACCUGAAAGGGCAUGAAAGAAUACAUACAAAACCACAGGAGGAGGAGGAGGAGAAGAAAUACCAUUGCUCUCAUUGUGGAAAGAAAUUUUUCCGAUCAGAGGACCUGAAAACACAUGAGAGGAUAGAGAGGCUGUGUUCUGACUUAAGUUUUUGACUGAGAAUGUGUGUUUUUGUUCAUGCCACAUGAAAUCAAAUUGUAAAUGCAAAAGCUUGCUAAAAAAUAGGCCUACAUUUGUUUUUCAUUUUUAACCUCGAGGCAUACAGGAUGGUUCUCAAUAUGCAUACGUUCUCUUGAGUACUUUCUUGUGAGGAUGAAUGUGGAGAAGGCAUAAAACAUUUGAUUUGAGAAGCAAUUGCACCCCCCGCACUGUGUUACAUCACGCUGCAUCUCCCCAUUCACUGAGCCUUCUUCCAGCCAGGACAAUGGAAACAAUAGAGACGAAACAAGAUAGACACAAAGCAAAUCUUUUACUUCAUAAUUAUCAGCUAGAUAUAUGUGAUUCGUAAUCUAACUAUCCAUCUAGCUAGUAAACAGGCAAAAAUGAUCUAAAACGAAUGUUAUGCAAGGUAGAUGUCAAUUCUUCAUGGUUUGCUAGCUAGCCAGUUAGUCCUAUUGACUUACACUGAACCUUGCUUUUUCUAGGCAGGACAAUGGCAAGAGACGAAACAAGAUAUACACAAAGCAAAUGUUUUACUUCAUAACUAUGAGCUUGCUAUAUGUGAAUCGUAGUAAUAUAGCUAACCAGAUAGUUUAACAAGCAAAAAUGACCUAAAACCAAUGUGAUCAAGGUAGAUGUAAAUUCUUUGUGGGUAGCUAGCUAACAAUUCUUUGUGGCUAUCUGGCUAGCUAACAGUAGUAGCUAGCAUGUUAUCUCUAUUGAUUUACUAUGGGCUUAGGACCUACGAACACUACAGUGGGUAUUGUAGGCAGGUAACCAUGGCAAAAUUAACACUGCAUGUAUUUAUUAACAUAGCAAGAUAAAAUAUUGCAGCCAGGCAACAUAUGAGAUGUGAAUAGGCAACAUUUCAUUCCAAAGUUGGAGUAUAUUUUCUCCUUCUUCAGCUCAAAUAAUGGUCUCCAUUGAGUUCAAGAAAAUUUGAGAAACAUCUACGGUGUCUUCAGAAAGUAUUCCUUUGACUUUUUCCACAUUUUCUUGUUACAAAAUGAGAUUAAAGUGGAUUUAGUUGUCAACAAUCGACACAAAAUAAUCAGUCAAAGUGGAAGAACAUGUGUUACUUUUUAUUAAUGGAAAAUAAGACACUAAUAUAGGUUUGUAGGCCUCCUUGCUCGCACAAGCUUUUUCAGUUCUGCCCACAAGUUUUCUAUAGGAUUGAGGUCAGGGCUUUGUGAAGGCCACUCCAAUACCUUGACUUUGUUGUCCUUAAGCCAUUUUGUCUUGAGAUGUUGCUUCAAUAUAUCCAUAUAAUUGUUCUACCUCAUGAUGCCAUCUAUUUUGUGAAGUGCACCAGUCCCUCCUGCAGCAAAGCACCCCCACAACAUGAUGCUGCCACCCCCGUGCUUCAUGGUUGGGAUGGUGAAGGUACCUGAGCCUCAAAACAUCACUGCUCUAGAGAUCUGCAUGGAGGAAUGGGCCAAUAUA